CAAUGUCCAAUCAAAAUAAAUAGUUUGCUUUAUUAUAAUCAUCUCAAUAAUCCUUGACUGAUAAAUAGAUAGCAGAAUUACCUAUUCUCUCCUUCCUAAAAAAUAGAUAACCUAUCAAAGUCAAAGCUCCAUUGACAGUAGAAGUAAAUCUAUUAUUUUUAAAUAUUUUAUUAGAAUAACGACUUUGAAAUAGAGAUUAUCAACACUAAAGUUGUCCAGAAUAGUUUUGUAGUCUAUGAAAUUAGAAUUAAGAAAGGAAAUCUUUUCUGGAUAUUUUAAACUAGAUACAGUUUAUUAGAGAGUUUGAGUUCAAAAUUAUCAAAGAAUCUCAAAUCACUUUUACCAAAAUUUCCAGAAAAAAGACUAUUUGGAAAUCUUGACAAUGAUUUCAUAUAAAAAAGAGAAAAAUAACUUGAUUCCUAUUUGAAAGUAUAUUUAUUCAUUUGAUUUAUUAUAGGAAUUAUUUAAAUUGGGAAGGAGUGAAAAUACAGUACGAGAGUUCGUACGUCAAUCAUAGAAAGCAGCAUUUGUGAUCAAUGACCCUUCUGCUGUUAAACUAUUCAAUCUUGAUGCAUGAA